AUGUUCACAUUCUCCCUACUAUCACCUGGAGAGAAUGACCGCUCGUUCAAGGCCUCGCUUCUCACAUUUGACAAUGAGCAUCGUAUUUUGGCCGAUCCAUCUUGGUCUGGCUCUGAUGCACUGGUUGUCAAGUUUAUGGAACAAUAUCUUCCCUCGAUCGAUGCAAUCAUCAUUUCACAUUCCACCACUGAGUUUAUUAGUGGGUACAUUUUACUUUGUAUCUAUUUCCCAAAGAUUAUGCUGACGAUUCCCGUGUACUCCACAUUACCUGUAAAUCAACUUGGUCGGAUUUCCACGGUGGAGUAUUACCGAUCACAGGGUGUUUUGGGCCCGGUGUUGUCGUCGCUAAUUGAACUUGAUGAGAUUGAUAAUUGGUUUGACAAGUUUAAAACAGUGAAAUACCUUCAGAAUAUUACAUUAUGUGAUGGGAAAUUGACAAUGACACCUUAUAAUUCUGGUCAUUCUCUUGGUGGAACUUUUUGGCUCAUCGUCAAGAGAAUAGACCGUGUUAUUUAUGCUCCUUCAUGGAAUCAUUCGAGAGAUAGUCUUUUGAACAAUGCCGGUUUUAUCAACACGCAAACUGGAAUGCCUCAUGUUGGGCUAUUACGGCCAACGGCAUUUGUCACGGGUGCAGAUUUAGGGUCCAAUUUGUCACAUAAAAAGAGAUGUGAAAAGUUUUUGCAAUUAGUUGAUGCGACUUUAAACAAUGGUGGUGCUGCGAUCAUCCCAACAAGCAUUUCUGGCCGAUUUCUUGAAUUAUUCCAUCUCGUCGAUCAGCAUCUUAAAGGUGCUCCCAUUCCUGUGUAUUUCUUUUCAUACUCAGGAACCAAAAUAUUAAGUUAUGCAUCGGGGUUGAUGGAUUGGAUGUCAUCUUCGUUCAACAAGGCUUGGAAUAUUGAAAACUUACGAGAUGACCAACUACCAUUCAAUCCAAGUAAAGUCGAUUUGCUUCUUGACCCCUCAGAGUUGAUGCAGAUGAGGGGGCCUAAAAUUAUCUUCUGUUCAGGAAUAGAUUUAACUAAUGGUGAUUUAUCAUCCAAAGUAUUUCUGUAUUUGUGUAACGAUGAAAAGACAACUGUAAUUUUGACUGAAAAGCCUUCGUUGUUGCUGGCUCUGCAAAAAGACUCGGGCAACUCCAUGGCUAGUAUAAGUAAAGAAUUGUACAAUAACUGGGUCAAGUUGGCUAAAAGCAGAACGGGUAAGGCGACUGAUGGAGUAGCAGUACCAUUAGAAACAGUUCUCAAAUUAGACCAAUGGAUGGUUGAAGAAGAAGUUACAGGUGAAGAUUUAAUAAAUUUUAGGAAUGAGAUCACUGCAAAGAGGAAAGAGAAAUUGAUUGCAAAAGUUCGAGAUCAAAAGAUCCAGAAUUUGUUAAAUACCGAUAAUAUUGAAGGAGAGGAUUCAUCGGAUGACGAUGAUGAUGAUGAUGAUGAUAAUAAUAAUAAUAAUAAUAACAAUAACAAUAACAGUUACGAGGGUGUGACUGGCUUGAAAAGAGAUGAAAGAAAAGCAGGUGAAAUUUUUGAUCAGCAGGUGAAGAAAGGGCAGAAAUCUGUUAUCAGCAACAAUGAUAAAGCUUAUAAUAUUAAUAACAAUAAUAUUAAUAACAAUAAUAACUUGAAGAAUCCCAGGAAUAACCACGAUCUCACAAACACGAGUUCAGUUGCUGUGACAGCGCCCACUGUGGAGGAAGUUGACGAGUUGAUACAGCAUGAGGCGUUUAUCAUGGACUAUAUCAAACAAAGUAUGGCGAAACAUUUACCUAUUGAUAUUAAAGUCACACACAAAUUGAAACCGCGACAAGCCAUGUUUCCUUAUUUCCAGUCAUCUAUAGCUGCUCGAACAAACUUUGAUGAUUAUGGACAAAUAAUUGACCACAAAGAUUUUGUAAAGAAAGAUGAGAUAUCGCAUAGUAAAAUUAUUAUGGAGGGAAAGAGAAAAUUUGACGAAAGAAAACAAAGAGGAGGACGGAAUCAGAAAUAUAACACGCGUGUUGAUAACGAUGAAAAGAGAGACAAAAAGAACGCAAAGAGUAAUAAGUUGACGCCUCAGGAACAAGUUAAUCAACAACUAUUACACAAAUACUUGGAUACAUUGUCAAAACCACUUAAGCGAGUGCUGCUAGAGAUGCAACCUUCAGCUAAAACGCAGAUUCAAAUACGCUGUGGCCUUGCGUUUGUAGACUUAUCUGGAUCAGUCGAUAUGCGCUCCUUGGGUAUUAUUGUACAAGCUCUCAAGCCAUACAAUCUCAUUCUUUUACCGGACCUUAGAACUUCUGAUGAAAAUGGGGAGUCUGGUUUAAGUCAAGUUGAGCAUUUUUUUCAGCAACAACAAACAGAGCAAGCUAUGGAACAUUCCAAAAGGCAAUUGUUCAACUCGUCACGAUACUUGUCUCUUGCAUCUAUUAGGGAUGGUCUUGCCACUGCUUAUUCGCGUGGUGCUGGUGGUGCCGGUGGUGUUGGUGGUGCUGGUAACAGUAAUAAAAUGAAUGUUCUAGUACCGCUCCCAGAUAAACCAAUCAAAAUUGGAAAUGAUUCUGAAAGCGAUUCGAUCGGUUUAAGCAAUUUCGAAGUAAAUUUGGAUGAUGAGCUUGUUUCAACUUUGAAAUGGAAGAAAGUUGGUGAUAAUUACAAGGUUGCUAAGAUAUACGGUGAAUUGGAGAUUAAUAAUCAAAGUCCAUUUAUGGAAUCGCAAAAUUCUGCAACUGGUCUAACUGUAACGGAAUCUACAGAUGAUAUGGCUGAUGUACCACCUACAAAGAAACAAAAAAAGCUGUUUGCUGAUUAUGUGAAUUCAUCAACACAAUUUUCGUUAAAACCAGUUGAUCCAAACUCUACUUUGCGCAAUUCGCAAAACUCGAUAAUUAAUCGUAUUCAAGAUCCAAAACUUCGAGCAAUGAUCAGUAAUGCCUCACCAAAAUUGGCAAUUGGUAAUGUUCGUUUACCUGACUUGAAAAACAAAUUGCUCGCUUUAACAGUAAACAAUCAGCCAUUGAAGGUUGAGUUUAAGAGUGAAGGAACGCUAGUUGUGAAUGGCCAAAUAGCUAUAAGAAAGAUUUCUUAUUCAGGAGUAGGUAUGGGUGAUGCAGGAGAUGGAGAUGAAAGCGGUGGAGACAUUGUUAUUGAUGGGAAUAUCGGCCCCUUGUAUUAUCGGAUCAAAGAGGUAAUUAGAGAAAUGUUGGCCUAUGUAUAG